UCAGUUGAAUCUGAACGCGCGCCCGGUGCAGACCGAUACGCGGGCCGCCCCAGAAAGCUUUGCGCUGCUCCGUUUGCUUUGGUUUGGCCCCCGUUACAUUUGCGGUGCGUUACGGUGCGUUACUGGUGCGGGAUCAGCAACUGGUGCUGUUCGUGCGGUACCUUGUGGGUGUUGAAAUUCGUAGCAAACGUUUAAACAGCUAGUGAGAGUGUCGAGUUGGCGUGCUUUUGUGAGCGCUUGAGAAUCGAAGGGGGUGAAGAAAAAACGAAUGAAAACCUGUGUUGAUUGUGUGUGUUUGUGAUGUGAAAAAGUGUCAAAGAAAGUUUGCGGACUUGUUUUCAGCUUGGAAGCUUGGUGGGUAGUGUGCGACACAGGGUUUGGAGGCUAUUGUAGCAUUCAUUCCUUUUGCUACGAGAAUACGGCUUGUUUACUUGUGAGGUGGCAUUGUGACACAUUCACUGUGUAUGUGUGUGUGUGUAAAGUGGUGUUGAAGAGUAUGCGAAUCGGUAUUAGUGCACGUUCGUGGUUUGUUUGUAUUUGCUGCCCGCAGGUGAAUGAAGGCGCUUAAGCCCGUUUAAUAGGACCCUGACGCGACCGGCUCACACCAUCAAUAACGUCCUUCAUCAUGGCGAUGGAAUGGAUUACGGCAAUAGAUAAACGGCCUUGUGACCGGAAUCUGCGCGACUGUGAGCUAAUAUCAUGCCGUUUGCGACGAGUCGAACCGCUGUGCCGACUGCCCGGCUCGGCGCUGCAGCAGUUGGCAAUGUGCGGCUUCUACGAGGAUCUGGAAAAGGGAGUCACGCUAUUCCGCGCCGGUGAGCAGGGACGCUACUGGUAUGCAGUGCUCGGUGGCCAGCUCGAGGUCCGAUACCACGCGGCUGACACAAAAGAUGGAAAGCUGUCAGUAACACUAUGUAAUUUGGGCGUCGGGGCCACCUUCGGCGAGUCCAUCCUGCACGAUCUGCCCCGGGACAGUACGGUAGUGACGAAAACAACCUGCGAGCUGCUGCGCGUGGAGCAGCAAGAUUUCAGACUGAUUUUUGAGAAAAAUAAAGAAUUAAUGAACGACAUAAUCACAAACUGUAGGUUAAAAAAUGGAUUUGGUCAGAGCAUGCAGACGACCAGCACGGUCCAGACGAACGUGCAGCAGCAACCGUCGCCAACGAAAAAGCAGCUCAGUCCGGAUCAUCCAAAUCCUGCCGCACCAAUUACGGAGAUACCAAGCCCCGCAAUGUCCCGCAUGGGCUGGGCCCUUCGUACUCUCCUAGUGUCAGACAAUACAAGCUGUUUAAAGGACCGAAAGGUGGGUGGAAAAUUCAUAAGGAAAUGCGCUCCCGGCACGGAGCUGGUCGAAUGGUUGCUGAAUCUCUCGCCGAUCGUGCACACGCGAACGCAGGCCGCCGGCAUGUGGCAGGCGCUGCUGGAGGAAGGCGUCCUGUGUCACGUGGCAAAAGAGCAACCGUUCAAAGACAAGUGCUUUCUGUAUCGCUUCAAGUCGGACGAGGACGGUACGGCAGGCGGUGCGCCCACGUCCGACGAUGUUAACCACGCGAACGAACACAUCCGGGAGGCACUUCCGGCGCUGCUGCAUCGCGGCCCGGAUGCAACGCUCCGUAUGAUCCUGCGGAAACCAUCGCAUGAACGAACGCAGGAAGAGCUGGAGCUCGUGUACGAGGAGCUGCUACAUAUCGCCGCCCUAUCGCACCUGUCAACCUCCAUCAAGCGUGAGCUGGCCUCCAUUAUCGUCUUCGAAGCGCACGCACAUGCCGGCACCGUAUUAUUCAACCAAGGUGAUGAGGGACGAUCGUGGUACAUCCUGCUGAAAGGUUCCGUUGACGUAGUUAUCCACGGCAAGGGCACGGUCGCGACGCUCAAGGAAGGGGACGACUUUGGCAAGCUGGCCCUCAUCAACGAUGCACCCAGGGCGGCCACGAUCGUGCUGAAGGAGAACAACUGUCAUCUGCUGCGCGUGGACAAGGAGCACUUCAAUCGCAUCUUGCGCGAUGUGGAAGCGAACACGCUGCGGCUGCAAGAGCACGGCAAGGACGUACUAAUACUGGAGCGGGUUGCCAAACAGCGCGGAUAUUCGGCAUUCAAAUACACGGUCAUGUCCGGCACGCCCCAGAAAAUGCUCGAGCACCUGCUGGAAACGCGGCUCGGUGGGCAGGCGGGACCGAACGAUCCGUUCCUGGACGAUUUCCUGCUCACGCACAUCGUCUUCAUGCCGACGCCGCUGCUGAUCGACGAGCUGGCCGCCAACUACCAUGCCGAUGCGGACAUUGACCUGCGGCAGGCGAGCGAGGAGGACCAGGAGUACUUCCUGACCAGCAAACGGCGCGUGGUGCAGUUCAUACAGCGAUGGGUGCUGGCCGUCCGGCACGCCGUGUUCGACGACCCGCUAGCAGUGGAGUUUAUUGAGGAGCUGGCGACGGACGUUGAGGCGGAACCGGCACUGCAAGAGGAGGCGAGCAUCAUACAUCACGUGCUAACGCAAUUAUCCCGAUAUCAGGAGGACCGCCAGAUGAACGCGACCCAGAAAUGGAAACUCCCACCAAACGGACAGCCGAUCUGCCUGUUCAGUGGCAACACACACUCAAAGACUGUUAUACGCCCGGAUGACGAUAUAAUUUUCCGUGUGUACUGCGCCGAUCAUACGUACUGCACGCUGCGCUUCCCGAUGGCCACCACGGCCGAGGUUAUUAAAGCGUGUGCCGCCGACAAGCUGCAGAUCGCCCGGCUACCCGAAGAUCUGCUCCUGGUGGAGGUUAAAUCGAGCGGCGAGCGCGUCGUGUUCAAGGACAACGACGUGAGCGUACCGACAGCGCUCAGCCUGAAUGGACGGAUCUUUGUCUCGCCCAAGGACCAUCUGGACGCGCUGACCCCCCUGCCCGAGCAGGAAGUACCGACGGAGGCACCGGACGUGGACUUUGAAGCACUGUCGACCAAGGACGUCGCCUAUCACAUGACACUGUUCGACUGGGAUCUGUUCUGGGCUGUGCACGAGUACGAGCUGCUGUACCAUACCUUUGGACGACAUCAUUUCAAUAAGAUCACUUCAAAUUUGGACGUUUUUAUCAGACGGUUUAACGAAAUACAGUAUUGGGUAGUGACGGAGAUCGUCUCGACGACGAAUCUCACCAAGCGGAUGUCACUGGUGAAAAAGUUCAUCAAACUGGCCGCAUUCUGCAAAGAGUACCAGAACCUGAACGCAUUCUUUGCCAUCGUGAUGGGACUGUCGAACACGGCCGUCUCGCGGCUCUCGAUGACGUGGGACAAACUGCCGUCCAAGUUCCGGAAGCUGUUCACCGAGUACGAGGCACUGAUUGAUCCGAGCCGGAACCAUCGCGCCUAUCGGAUGUCAGUGGGCAAGCUGCAGCCUCCAGUGAUUCCCUUCAUGCCGCUGCUGCUCAAGGACAUGACGUUCGCCCACGAAGGCAACAAGACCAGCCUGGACGGGUUGGUAAACUUCGAGAAGAUGCACAUGAUGGCGCAAACGAUGCGUGCGGUACGCUUCUGUCGAUCACGCCAUCUUGUACUUGAUCCUCCCUCGCCGAAGAACGAGAACGAAAUCCGCAACUACAUCCGCUGCUUCCGGACGAUCGAUAACCAAAGAGUGCUCAACUCGAUGUCACAGAAGGUGGAACCGCGUCGAUCUUAAGGAUGCUUCACAGCGCAAAAAACGCAUCGCAACAGCCACCCCACCAAUUCCGACCACCAGUUGCGCAUAUGAAAGGUCAAGCUGGUACCGAGAGACCAAAAACCCGCCCAAUCCUACAAUUGCCCGGUUGUUCUGGGUAACGUUUUUCUUUUCGUGAGAACAGAAUCCCAGCGCGCACGGUACUUUUGAUGGUUUUUACCAUUUGCAAACCGAACAUACCUUUGUUGUAAGAUAACAUUUUUGCUUGUAAGAUAACACAGCUACUGACACAGAGUCGGGUGUGUUUGGUACUUUGUCUCUUGUUGUGAGAGUAUUUAUUAACGUCAUCCCCAACCCUGUGUAUGUUUUGCUUCUCAUCGAUUUUGUCCACAGUUUGUUUGUGAUGUUAAGAUCUGGAUCAGUUAUACAACAGCAACACUUCUCAGUUUCGUUUCCCCCUUUAAUCCUACAAAUAUCGAAUAACUUCUAUCACGCGUCACCUUUCCACUGUUGGUUUUGUAAAUUAGUUUGUAUGAAGAUAUUUAAGUUGUAUUUUGUUCUAAGCACUUUGGUCUUGAAUAAACAGCUCGACGAUUAAAGUACUGUAAUCUUUGUUUUUUAUCUUUGUUUUUCUACAAAAAAUACACUCAGAAGUUUAUACAAAACCUUGCACUUAUUAAACUCGAAGCACCAUCACAAAUACUUCCUUCAGUAAGAGAAAUAACUGUAAAACUGCUUCGUCUUUCUAGCGUUUAAUUCAUUCGCCGUUUUAGAACAUUGCUUUACCCCUGAAGGUAUGCAAUGUGUUAAAGCGUUUCUCCUUUUGAGAAGGAUGCGAACGCUUUCUUGUACUAACAAUGAAACAAAUACGACCACCGAAUGGUUUAUUGCUUGCUUUUAGUGAAAUUUCAGUUUUUAUAUUAAAACGUCCCUAGUUUUUACCCUAUUUUUUGAGAAUUUGCUAAAUUUGCAAGUAUAGAAAAGCAGACAAAACAUAAAAUACACACUCAUAAACACAAAAUGUUCGCCAAUGUCAAUAUCAAGUGCAUGUUAAACUAAGUCACAAGUCAAAACGCUAUCAAGCUAAGCAUAUUUUUCAAACUAACAAAACAAACAGAACAAACAAUACGCUAUUUACAAACAGAGGUGCAUAACAGCAAACUUAUACGUAUAUUUACACAGCGCUAUAGCAACGCUUAUUAAAACAAAAGCAUAAUAAAACCGAUUCCUUAUUGCUCCUGUUCACAUUCUUCACUCACUCACAUCAAAUGGAUAUCUUUGGCUGGACCAAAGCUGGAAAUCCAUUUUCCUUUCUAUUAUCCUUUCUUAAUUGUACUACCUUUCGCAACCGCUUUUGCUCCGAUCUGUUCUUCUGUCCAACUGCUCCGGCAUAAAAGGGAGACAUUAAAUCCGCACAUAGUUGUUAUGUUACAUGCUACAGCAACAAUAUCAUUGUUCCCAUUGUUAGCGUAAAUGUGUUGUUUAGCGUGUAAGAGAAUGCGAUAAGAAACGAUCCUACGGACAGCUACGGUGUACGCAGUCGUUUUAGUUUGAAACCAAAGGAAAAAAAGAAAAAAACACACGCAUGUCAAUGUGAUUAGCCGACAAUCUUUCCAUCAAACCAAAUAUACCUAACAUAGGACAACCGUAUUAAACAUUAAACACAAACAUUACUCCGUCGAUGUGCAACAAAAUAGAAACAAGAGGAAAAAAUAACAGUAAAAUGAAAUCGUAGAUCGUUUACCUCUCUCUCUCACCUUACCGUCUGGGUUUCAGCUACUUCACCAACACUUCACCGAAAACCUCUCUCUCUGGGUCCUUUUUGAUAAACAAAAACUGUCUAUUUCGAAUCCCGUUUUCAAAGGCAGAAGCGCCAAUCAAGAUCGUUUCAAAUGUGAAUGUGAUCCUGCGCAACAAGCUAUAGUAUAGUGUAGAGAGAAAAAAGAUAACUGAUCGUUGAAAGUGUAAUAUUAAAAAAAGGUACUAAAACACUGGUUAGAUGUAAAGAUAUGUAAAGACAGAUGAUAAGAAAUGAAAGAAAAGGAGAGUGAGAAAGAGAGACCUAUUAUAGUAAAUAUAACAAAUAAAAAACAGACAGUUUAAACGUUCUAAAGUAAAAGUGGAACUCAAAAAUCAUAGGAAUUUCCUUACAACACUAGACAAAAACAGUAUUUUGCAAGCAAAAACUGAUCACCUUCGUUUGAUGUUGUUUAGUACAGCCAUAACAAGACAAUCAUGUGUAUGAUGAAGCAUUGUAUUCCAAUUUUGGUUCCAUAUCACUUCACAAGAAAGUGAAACCCCCCUGCCCCCCUCCGCAAAAUAGGUGUAAGAAAAUGGGUGGACCAUCGAUGUACACGAUCAAUGUUAGUCGAUGAAUGUUUCUUCUGAGCAUACACCACUGAUCAUCGCUGCACGUUCGCCUGCACCUUUUCAAGUAAGGCUCUUGAUCGCGAUAUCUUAAAGACUAAGCUUAGCAUAACUCCCUUAAAAUUCCCCACAACUCGUGAACCGCCACACAUACGCAACGUACGUUUCACUCUUGUACCUUGACUGGAGACUUCUUCGAUGCUUCGAUUGAUAGAGCAGACAGAUAGAUAGGACACGUAGAAUGUGGUAAGCAUGGUAAACAGAGUUGAACAAAAACAAAAUAAAGUUGAGUGUUGUUGAGCAAAACAGCAGAAAUGCCACAAAUGUUAGCGUCUUUAUCGACAAUCAUUCAAAAGGGGAAUCUAGCUAGAUACGUCCCUGGUUACAAACACACAAACACACACACUGACACACUAAACACCCACUUUGAUCGAAUUGUUCGUUUUCGGUUUAGUAGCAUAGUCGUUGAUGUAGUAUAACAGUGAGCGUCGUUGCAGUGACGAACACAAUGAUGUCUUUAGCUACUAAAGUAACACUAUUUGUUUGCUAUAUCUUGAAAAAAGAGCUAUUUGCAGAAGUUUGUUACAAUUUAUUUAACGCAAACACUCAACACACAUACACACCCAUACUAUGCUCACACUAAUGUGUAAAAAUCAAGACGAAAUCAAACGAAUGGCAAGAAAGACACUGUAAGGUUAACUCCAAUUUGAAAGCCAACGUGAAUUAGCAGAAUGAGUAGUGUGCAUGCACAGAAUAUUACAUUUGUAGAGCAAGAAGGAAGAGAUGAAGAAGUAAGAGAGAGAGAGAGAGAGAGAGAGAGAGAGAGAGAGAGGGGGAAGGAGAGUACCGACAAUGAAUGAAUUAAAAGGAUCGUUAAGUUUCCAAGCAACUGCUUUAAACGGUAAUAGUAAAUAGAAUGGACACAUCAUCAACUUACUUGCAUUUUUGGGUUUGAGCACUUCUCUGACCUUUCCAUGCACGUUAGCAUGUAGUGGUAGCUCUCUUUUAUCCCACUUCCACCGUAUGUUUUACGGUUACACUUUUCGGGAUGGUGAAAGCUAUCUCUAACACGUUAGAGAUCAAUUUCUCGAAAGCAUUGUGCGUAGUGUAAACAAAGUAGCAAACAAAGAAGAAGAAAAAAAUCAAAACAAACAAAAGAAAUAAAUGUAAUUUAAUGUGUAUGUGUUAUAAUGCUGUACAUUUGGAAAUCAUACGAAAAGAAGACACAUUCUAAAAAUACACACAACAAGUACACACAUACUGUCUCCUCUCUUUUUAUCUCUCUCUCGCUGUCUCUACGAAACGGACAUGAAGAAAUAGGAACAGACGAGAAAGAGGUGUCGAGGAGAGAGCGUGAAGGAAGCGGGCGCGAUCACACUGAAUCACUUAAGAAUAUAUACACCUAACAGUAACAGUAGCAGUGCAUGUUCCAAUUUACCUAGAGAGUAAGACUUCCCGUUGGGAGGGGAAAAAUGGGAGGAAAUGAUCACAAAAAUGAUCAUGAUUGUCACGAGUCCUUUUUCUACGCCCGUAGAUCAUCUGUUUGUUGGAAACGUUUACUAGAGUGUAUGUAUUUUGUAAACCCACCUCCAAGUAAAUUGUGUAGAGGGAACAGCAAUAGGGCUCCGAUGGAAUUGUAUCUGGAGUCUCUCUGUCUCUCUCGAAGUCUGUGGUAGAUUGUUCUUAUAAAAAAAGGAAUUGGUAGCGAGAUGAAACAACUAGAACUAACAACUAACACCGUUCUGCGAUGGUGAAGAAUGGCCAAACUUUUUUCAUAUUCAGAAACUAGGCUAACAAAACUAUUGACUAAUGCAUUUUGUUUUUUUUUUGUGCUGCUAUCGGAUAGAGAGAAAAGGAGAAUGAGAGUUAAGAGAUGAUACUGGAGGCAGCUGUCAAAAAGCUAAUCAAUGACCCCUUUAAAACCAUCUAUUUCUGUACCAUACUUAGUAGCUAUGAAUUUAACAAUUUAAAGAUUCUAUCGGUAAAAAAUGCCAUUCUAACUCUUCAACACUGCUCGUGUAACGGUGCGAGGACAUAACAAGCUAGAGAACAUUGAAAAAAACAAACACAUACCGAAACAGUAGCAUGUAGAAAACAUUACUCUAUAACGGUAGAUGGGAAAUAAAAACUGUCCAGCACUGUACGAGCGUCGCAUGUCCACGUGCCCAAACGCGUGUUGAGUGAAUCGCAAAGACUAGUAGAGAUACAUGGAAGCUAGUUGGACAGGAAAGUAAUAAAGUAUUUUCAAAUAUUUUCUCUUUUCA